CAUCAACACCAAGCUGAAGGCGCUCAACAAGCCGGCCUUCUCGCCGCCUGAGGGUCGGCUGAUCCACGACAUCGAGAAGACGUGGACGCAGCUGGACAAGGCCGAGCACGCGCGCGAGGUGGCGCUGCGCGCCGAGCUGCAGCGUCAGGAGAGGCUUGAGCAGCUCGCCUACAAGUUCGAGAGGAAGGGCGCACUGCGCGAGGGUUACCUGAAGGAGAUGAUUCAGGUGCUGUCCGACCCGCGCUACGGCAGCAACGUCACACAGGUGGAGGCCACCGUGAAGAAGCACGAGGCCAUCAGCGCCGACAUCCUGGCCAGGAGGGAGCGGUUCGCCGACCUGGUCAGCAUGGCCGACGAGCUGGAGCGGGAGGGCUACCACGGCGCGGAGCGGGUGCGCAGCCGCGAGCAGCAGGUCACUAACAGGUGGCAGCACCUGCUGCAGCUGCUUAACAAGCACAAGCAGACGCUGUCCAGCUUCUCCAGCUUGAUGACGAUCCUGCGGGAGAUCGACACGGUGACGACCACCAUCCGCGACAUGGAGAGUCAGGUGCAGUCGGAGGCGGCGGCCGGUCACUUGCUGGCUGUCGAGGACCUGAUCCAGAAGCACAGCCUGAUGGAGUCGCAGAUCUCCAGCAUCGGCGAGACCAUCCAGCGGCUCAACAAGCAGGCCAACCAGUUCAUCGCCGCCGGACACAAGGAGACGCCCGCGCUCCAGAAGAGGCUGCAGACGCUCAACGACGAGUACAAACACCUAGUGGACGAGAGCGGCCGACGCAGCGAGCGGCUCGACGAGUGGCGCAGCUAUCUGCAGUUCGUGCAGGACUGUGAGGACGAGGAGGCCUGGCUGGUGGAGAAGCAGCGCAUCUGCACGGCCGGCAUCACCGCCAAGGACCUGCGUGCCGUGCUCGCCAUGCAGCAGAAGCACAAGGGGAGUGGCAGCACUGGUAGCCCGUAUAAGGCGCUGGAGGACGAGAUGCGGGUACGGCGGCCCAAGACCGACAAGAUCUGCCGAGCCGGCGAGCAGCUGACUGAGGCCAAGCACCCGCAGAGCGCCGACAUCCACGCCAGGAUCGUGAGUCUGAAGCAGAAGUACGCCGAGCUGGAGGAGCUGGCCGCCCAGCGGCGCCGACAGCUGGCCAAGGCCGCCGAGGCUUACCAGUUCUACUCGGACGCCAACGAGGCCGAGUCGUGGCUGAAGGAGAAGAGGCCGCUGGUGGCGUCGGCCGACUGCGGCUCCGACGAGCCCAGCGCCGCCUCGCUGCUCGCCCGGCACAAGGACACGGUGGGCGAGAUCAACGCGUACCGCGACGACAUCACGGCGCUGGCGGCGCAGGCCGAUAAGCUGCAGAAGGCCGGCAUCACCUCCCUCAGCCUGUCCGGAGCACCCGAGCUGGCCGAGGUGGAGGAGUGGAGCCAGGAGACGCGGCUCGUGCCCAAGGAGGUGUGGGAGGACGAGCCGGUGGAGCGCACCGAGCACCACAUCGUCACCGAGGAGCGCAAGAUCCCGCAGGUCAAGGCGCUCUACCCCUUCCAGGGCCAGGACAUGCAGAUGGCCAAGGGCGAGGGCUAG